GACUGCGGCAGUACAGAUCAUCUGUAAGUAAUCCGCUUCAAGAUAUGAGAAUUGUCACAGUGACUGCACUUGCACCAUGUUUAGGGAUACAUUUGCUGCUUCCUCGACACUCCGAUCGCUGAGGUUACGGAGAGAAUUGCAGGAUAUUGAGGACAGAAGAAGAGGUUUGUUCUGGCCAAGGCAAGCGACUGCUGUCCGUCUAAGAGCAUUUGGAGAAGCAAGAACACAGCCCCAGUUCUCCAGUGAUACUUCUGUACACGACGCUCUGUUGAGUGGGGAUUUGGACAAGAUCAGAAGCAUCUUCCAGAGCAAGGAUUCUGUCAAUACGGUCAUAGAGACAGCCAGUCAUGAACUCAACUGGUCAGCAGAAUUGGGUCUCUGGUCACUUACUUCCAAGCAAAAACAAACAACAGCACUCUAUAUCACUGCACAGCAAGGACAUACUGAAUGUGUAAAGCACUUGCUGGGACAUGGUGCUGAUGUUAAUGCCUUGUCAGAAGGAGCAACUGCUCUGCAUGCUGCCUGCGCCAAUGGACAUACUGAAUGUGCCAAACUUCUGCUGAAAAUUGGAGCUGAUUCCAAUGCAAUCUCUGAAGAAGGGUAUGCUCCCUUGCAUCUAUGCACCAGCCCCCAGACCAUUUUAUGUGCUAAACUCUUGCUGGAGCAUAAUGCCAGAGUUAAUAUGCAGACUCGAGAGAGACAGAUUACUCCACUUCAUGUUGCUGCAAAGCAUGGUUUGGAUGAACAUGUAGACCUUUACCUGAGCUACUGUGCUUACAGUCACAAGAAGAAUCGUGAAGGAGAAACUGCACUCAAUGCUGCUUGUUCUUCUGUGGAGAAACGCGAGGCUUUUGGUAAAUAUUACAAAGUCUGUAAAAUGCUGAUCAAUAGUGGAGCUGAUGUGAAAACUGCUGGAAAAAAAAAGCAUACCCCACUCCACAAUGCCUGUGGGAAUGGUCACCCUGGCAUUGUGGAUUUGUUGUUAAUGCAUGGUGCUACUGUGAAUGCUAAGAAUUGUGCUGGCUACACACCAAUGGAUUGUAUUUUACUGGCUGUUGAAGACCACCUGGAACAUCAUCCAGAGCAAAUUGUCGUGUCACUACUUAACCACGGAGCAGCUCCAAUUGAUCCCAAGAUACUCAAACAAUGUGCAAUGUCUCCACAGACAAUGGAAGUUCUGUUAAAUACUUAUGAGCACAUUCCAUUUUGUGACUCUUGGAUAGAAGCAGUUCCCCCAGAAGUGUGGCAGAAACAUGAGGCUUUCUACGAAUCUAUUAUACAAAUGACAAACAAGCCACGUUCUCUUCAGCAUCUUGCACGCUGUGCUUUAAGGAACUAUCUUGGAACCCGAUGUCAUUCAGUCAUACAACAGCUACGACUUCCAAACAGUUUCAGGGAGUUUUUACUAUUGAAAUGUGAAGGGGUUUUCAAAUGAAAAAUAAUAGAAGUAGAAAAUUCUGAACAUGCACAGAUUUUUGAUUAAAAUCAGAAUCUUUGCAUCACUAUUUUGUGAUUGAGCCUACUGGAUUUAGCUGUAGAACUGAAAUGCUUUGAAGUGAUUUAUUCAUGAGUUUUUCAAAUUUUCACAAGUAUCAAUGAUGCUCAAUUAAUGCUUUUUGAGUUAUAAUGGAACAUGGGGACAAAACAGGUAUAUGAAGUUGGUCAUAAUCUCAUGUUCUAAUGCCUAGGAAAGCAGACGUUAUUUAUAAUCAGUGCCAGCACUUACUUAAGUCACUGUAAAAAAUAUGUAUGCAUUACCAUCUGGAUACUAUUUAAUUAUGGUUUAUUUUCUUAUUUUAAAUUAGUUGUUUUUUAAAGAAAUCAGAUACAAUAGUCAUGGAAUAAAUGAGUGCAAAGAUUAAUGUAAGAUUACUAGGAUCAGACUCCUUCCUCAUCCCACUCCUCAAAACCUUCUCUUCCCCAACUCACCUGACUUUGUAUUCUUCCACAUGUGACUUGUGUUUCUUUCCACUCUUACCACCAGUUUGUUUCAGCAUUCAGGAUCCUGAAAACUGAAAUCUUUGUUUUAUAUGCCUUUGCCCUUCCCUUUGGAAUGCAAUUAAAAACCUACCUUUUUGAGCAAGUCUUUAUUAGUUGCCUUACUAUCACUUCCUUUGGCUUUUUUUUUUGUCUAACUGCACCUGUGCAAUACACCUUGGGAGAUUUCAACAAAGUUAGAAACAUAGGAACUAGGAGUCGGCCACUCUGUCCUUCAAGCCUACUCCACCAUUAAAUAAAAUGGUUGAACAGUAUACAACUUCAACUCCAGAUUCUUGUCUAGCUCCAGUAAUCUUUGCUUAUCAGAAUCAGAUUUAAUAUCACUGGCAUACGUUAUGAAAUUUGUUGUUUUGCAGCAAUACAUAAUAAUAAAACUAUUAAUUACAAUAAGAAAUAUAUAUAUAUAAAUAAAUUAAAUAAGUAGUGCAAAAACAUCUGCCUUGAAGUAUUUAAAGUCUCUACUUCUAAGAUUAUUUGAGGAACAGAGUUUCAAAGACUCUACCCUUAGAGAAAAUAAAUCUUGUGUUUUAAGUAAGUGACUCUUUAGUUUAUAGACAGGGAAUCCCUAUCACCUUCCCCUGGGUCCCCCUUUCCUUUUCUCCUUUGGUCCACUUUCCUCUCCAGCCCCUUACUUUUCCCACCCUCCUGGCUUCACCCAUCACCUUCCAGCUAUCCACCUCCACCCCCCCACCACCUUUUUAUUUUGGCAUCUCACCCCUUCCUUCUCAGUCCUCAAGAAUUGUCUCGGCCUGGAACGUUGACUGUUUAUUCAUCUCAGUGCGACUUGAUCUGCUGAGUUCCUCCAGCAUUUUGUGUGUGUUGCACUGAAUCCCUAAUUCCAGUUUUGCCCACGAGAACAAACAUCCUCUCCAUAUUCACCCUAUUAGAAGCCUUCAGGAUCUUGCAUGUUUCCAUCAGGUCACUUCUUGCUCCUGUAAACUCUGGCCUAUAACACACUGAGCCUGUCCUACCUCUCAUUUGGCAACCUCCAGUUCCACUUAUUAGUCCAGUAAACCUUCUCUGAACUAUUUCCAAUACAUUUACCAGUACCAUCUGCAAUUUUUCAGAUGUGCUAUCAACAAUGCCUUAAUUGGUCUGCUUCCAUCCUCUAUGGUUCUAGUAGUCGAAAGAACUGAUGAAUGACCUCUGACCUUUUACAUUUAAUUCCCUUUGCGUACAUAAUAAAUAGUCCAUUCAUCCCUUCCUACAGAUCUCCCUCCUGGUACUUAUCCUUGCAAGCGAAACAAGUGCUAUACCAGCCCCUACACCUCCUCCCUCACCACCAUUCAGGGCCCCAAACAAUCCUUCCAGGUGAGGUGACACUUUACCUGUGAGUUUUUUUGAGGUCAUAUACUGUGUCCUGUGCUCCCGGAGUAGCCUCCUAUAUAUCAGUGAGACCAAACAUAGGUUGGGAGACUGCUUCACUGAGCACCUACGCUCUGCUCCCCACAAAAAGGGAGAUCUCCCGAUGGCCACCCAUUUUAAUCCCACUUCCCAUUCCCAUUCUGAUAUGUCAAUCCAUGGCCUCCUCUACUGUCACAAUGAGGCCACACUCAGAUUGGAAGAACAACACCUUAUAUUCCAUCUGAGUAGCUUCCAACCUGAUGGCAUGAAUAUCGAUUUCUCGAAUUUCUGGUAACGCCCCCCUCUCCUUCACCAUUCCCCAUCCCCUUUUCCUUCUCACCUCAUCUCCUUGCCUGCCCAUUGCCUCCCUCUGGUGCUCCUCCCCCCUUUUUUUUCUUCCAUGGCCUUCUGUCCUAUCCUAUUGGAUUCUCCCUUCUCCAGCCCUGUACCUCUUUCACCAAUCAACUUCCCAGCUCUUUACUCCACCCCUCCCCCUCCCGGUUUCACAUUGUACCUGGUGUUUCUCACUCCCCUCUCCCCACCUUUUAACUCUCCUCUUCAUCUUUCUUUCGCCAGUCCUGCUGAAGGGUCUUGGCCUGAAGCGUCGACUGUACUUUUUACCAUAGAUGCUGCCUGGCCUGCUGAGUUCCUCCAGCAUUUUGUGUGUGUUGCAUAUAAAAGUCAAGUUUUAUUUGGUGUUGGGACUGCUUCUUUUCAUGUUACAUGUCAAUGACUGUGAUGGAAUUGAUGGCUCUGUGACAAAGUUUAUGGACCAUACAAAGAUGUGUAGGUGGAGGGGCAGGUAGUGUUGAGGAAGCAGGGAGUCUGCAGAGGACAGACAGAUUGGGAGAAUGGGCAAAGAAGUGGCAGAUGGAAUAAAGUGUAGGGAAGUUCAUGCAUUUUUCUCAAAGGAAAAAAGGCAUAGACUAUUUUCUAAAUGGGCAAAAAAUUCAAACGUCAGAGAUACAAAUGGACUUGGGAGCCCUUGUGCAGGAUUUCCUAAAGGUUAACUUGCAGGCUGAGUUGGCGGUAAGGAAGGCAAAUGCAAUGUGAGCAUUCAUUUCAAAAGGAAUUGAAUAUAAGAGCAAGGAUGUCAUGUUGAAGCUUUAAGGCACUGGUGAGGCCUUACUUGGAGAAUUGUGAGCAGUUUUUAGCCCUCAUCAAAAGAAACAUGUGCUGGCAUGAGAGGUCAAGAGGAGGUUCAUGAAAAUGAUUCUGGGAAUGAAAAGGUUAACAGAUGAGGAGCAUUUGAUGGCUCUGGGUCUGUACUCACUGGAAUUUAGAAGAAUGAGGGGGUAUCUCAUUGAAACCUAUUGAAUAUUGAAAAGCCAAGAUGGAUGUGGAGAGGGUGUUUCCUUUCGUGGGUGAGUCUAAGACCAGAGGGAGCAGCCUCAGAGUAGAGGGACAUCCAUUAGAACAUAGAUGGAGUGGAAUUACUUUAGGCAGAGGGUAAUGAAUCUGUGGAAUUCAUUGCCACAGAUGGUUGUGGAGACCCAGUUAUUGAUUAUAUUUAAAGCAGAGGUUCAUAGGCUCCUGAUUAGUCAAGGUAUCAAAAGUUUGGGGAGAAAGCUGGAGAAUGGGGUUGAGAGGGAUAAUAAAUCAGCCAUGAUGAAAUGGCAGAGCAAACCAGAUGGGCAAAAUAGCCUAAAACUACUGCUACAUCUUGUGGUCUUAUGGUCUAAGCAUUUAAUUUGAGUUUUUUCUAAGUUAAUUGUAUUGCUGCUGUAAUUGGUGAAACUAAAACAUAGUUGAUUCUUUCCACAAAUCAGAUCGUUAGAAGAUUUAGUGAGAACUAUAUUCCAAAUUUUUACAAGGACAACAGAGAGCAAAUAUUGAAGGACAAGCAACUUUGGUAGAGCCUAAACUAUUUGAAAACAGAAUAUUUAUUAUGUUACAAGCAACAUACAUCAAAGUUGCUGGUGAACGCAGCAGGCCAAGCAGCAUCUAUAGGAAGAGGCGCAGUCGACGUUUCAGGCCGAGACCCUUCGUCAGGACUAACUGAAGGAAGAGUUACUAAGAGAUUUGA